UUAAAAUGGAAGACUCGAAUAUGCCUCCUCAGCAGGAUGACCUGAACAGUGACACCUCUUCAGAUGAAGAAAUUGAAGAAAUUAUUAAGAGCUCAAAGAACCCUAAGAAAGAUACUGGCAGUGAGAUGGAUGCAGAGUCUGUAGUCUCUAUGAGCACAUAUAAGACCAAGAAUGAAAUUAGCCAAAAUGACAUACAGCAGAUCCUGAAGUUCAUGCCUAAGAUGUUGGAUAAGGAGAUAGAUAUAAUUAACCCAUUAGGUGUUGUCAAGAAUUUCAUUCCUCCUCAUACCCUCUUUGUACAGAAGGAUGAUCAAAGCAGAGAUAUUUUAGAUCUUGACAAUUUCAUCUGUAAUGAGAAGAAGGAGCUUAUUGGCUAUAUUGAUGAAGUAGUGGGCCCAGUGAAUGAUCCCUUUUACACUGUCAUGCUAUAUCCAAGCUUCUUAGAACAAACUGAGAAGGACGAAAUCAACCUAGAGGCUCUAUUCACAGGAAACCAGGUUUAUUUCGUUGAGAAAACUAAAAAGCUAGUGUUUUGGAAUAAUUUAUUGAACCAAAAAGGAUGAGACGCCUCGAACAUUUAUGAUGAAGAGAUCAUUGAACCUUCAGAGCAAGACUUCUCAGAUGAUGAACAAGAGAAAGAGAAAAGGAAGAGGAGAGAUCAAAAACGCUCUACUGGGAUAAUGAACGCGCCUGAAAAUGUGUAUAGAAAAAGGGAUGUUAAACAUGCAGGAAUGGGUCAAUUCCAACAACCAGCUCCCUAUAAUUAUCAACCUCAGAUCCCACAGUUUGGACAGAAUAUGCCUGAACCUUAUGUAGGAGGGUAUGCCCCUACCUACUCUCCUGCUCCUCCUUAUCCUCCACAAGGGGAGACUCCAAUGAUGCCAGGGUAUCAACCCGGAAUGGGAGAUGUAAAUUAUAGACAGAAUCCUCCUUAUGGGUAUCCUCCUUACUUCAAUAAACCUCAGUAAUUUUCAAUAAUUUCACAUAAA